AUGGAGGGAAGGGAAUCGAAUCGACUCGAAUCGGUUCGAAUCGACUCGAAUCGGUUCGAAUCGGUUCGAAUCGACUCGAAUCGGUUCGAAUCGACUCGAAUCGGAUCGAAUCAAGCGGGUAGCUAACAAGAGUCAAGCGGGUAGCUAACAAAAAUUUUUUUAAAAAGUUACAGAUUUGGACAAAUCCAAAAAUGUAAAAAAAAGCUUAGUAAGCCACCCAGAAGCAACUUUAAAGCUAAAAAAAUUGAAAGAAAAUUUUUAACACUGUUAAAAAAGGCUUAGGCUUAGUAACCACCCAGAAGUAACUGUGAAGGCGAAAACCCCAAUUUUUCAUUCCAGAUUUUUUUAAAAAUUUAAAAAAAAAUGGAGGGAAGGGAAUCGAAUCGACUCGAAUCGGUUCGAAUCGACUCGAAUCGGUUCGAAUCGGUUCGAAUCGACUCGAAUCGGUUCGAAUCGACUCGAAUCGGAUCGAAUCAAGCGGGUAG